AUGGAUAACAAGGACUCGGAAGCUGAGAUCCACCCUCUGAAGACUGAGGAUGUGAAAGCUCAGGAGAUCCAUGAGAACUCUGUGGAGAGGAGGAUCCUGAGCAAGCAAUCCUCGCGCCUGUCGCGGUGGCGCACUGCCGCCUUCUUCAUCUCCCUGUUCCUCUGCCUCAUCAUUGUGUUUGCCUUCUCCUUCAUCAUUCCUUGCCCGGAGAGGCCAGUGUCAGAAAGGACAUGGUUCCGGCACUACAACGAUGCAGUGGCCUACCAGUUCCUGGCAAUAGAAGAUGUGAACGAAGACAAAGUGCAAGAUGUCCUCUUUGCUUUCAAAGCCAACAACGGCAGCAGCAGCUUCAACACGUCCUGCCUGGAUGAAGGGCUGCCAUCUCCCUGUGCUUUUGUUGCUGCUGUGUCUGGCACGAAUGGCAGAGCACUGUGGGAGAGACCUGCUGCCGAGGACCUGGAGUGGAUGGAGUGUGGCAUCCAGCAGCUCGGUGUGGCAGGGGCCCAGGGCUGUCUGCUCGUGGGGCGACCGACGGCCCUGACAGCGCUCGACCUGCGGACGGGGGAAGUUCAGUGGAGACAGUCCAGUGACUUUGGAGCUAAUUACACUGUGCUGACUCCUGUGUCAGUGAUUCCAGAUGUGGAUGGUGACGGAAUUCAGGACCUGAUAAUCUUUGCUGCUACGGGAAACAAGAUUAAGACCUUCAUCCAUUCAGGAAGAGAUGGCAAACAGCUGGGCUCCACUGGCAGCCUGACGGUGGAUGGGAGAGCUCAGUACAUCAGGCUGGACCUGGGCUCCUCCUCCUACUUCCUUUUCUAUACAGAAAACUCUCUCUAUGCAUAUUCCCUGAAAGAUCUCUACAGUGCAGCAACUGGGAUGGAAGCUAAGCUUCCCAGCCUUGGGCAAGAUCCUGAGUGGGAGAAGAGUAUUGACCACACCACGCACCACUUAUCCCUACCGAGCUUUGGAGACUUUCGCUACCUGGCAAGAAUUCCUGGGAAGACACAUGAGAACAUCUUGGUUGUAAACUCAGAGAUGGCUACACUGAUCAAUGCCCAGAAUCUCCAGACUCUGUGGACCCUCAACGUGUCCCGUGCUUUGAGAGAGUCACUGCUUGGUUACUACAAACCUGAUGUUCUUGGUAUUGUCCUGGAGAGUGAAAUUGGACCCAACAGGAAGAAGGUUAUGAUUGUUGAGAGUGGAUCUGGAGUAGUCCAGUGGGACCUGAAGCUGAACUCAGGGGCAGAGAGCCCCAGCCCAGCCACCCUAUCUACUGCAGAUCACCGUUCCGCCUUCCUCAUCUGGGGUGACUACCAGGAACCAGGCAAUGAAACAAGAUCCAGAGCUCCCUUCCAGAAGCUGUACCUUUUCCAUCCUUCCUACACGAACGUCCUGUUGGAGCUCCGCAAUACCACGGACCAAAUAAUUGCAUUCAGCGCCGCGCUGUUCGAGCGGCCCCGCCACGCCUGCUAUGUGCUGCUGAGGGGCCCCCGGGCUGGCACGGAGCCGGGCACGGUGUCGCUGAUGAAGAGGAAGCUGAAGGAGGAUGUCUCGGAGAGCAAGGUGAUCUGGCUGAGCCAGGUGGCCGUGGACAGUGAGCAGUACGUCCGGGAUCGCCUCUACAGGAUGCGAUUCCAGAGCCGAGUGUGAGCUUGCCGGGGGAGGGCAAGAGGCUGC